AAUUCUCCUAUACGACAGAUUGAGGGACAGAAAGAGUUUGGAUCAUUUAAAGUGCCCCUGAUGCUGUUGCCUAAGCAGAGUUGUUUAACGAGGUCAGUUAUGAUAAGACAGAGGGAUUAUGAGGAGGAUGAUGAUGAUGGGCGGGAUGAAGGGCUGGAGGCGUUGCUCAUGCCCUCCUCCUCCUGUAGGGCCAGCAGACAGUGUGAACUUGAACACUGACGGGCACGGCACUGAACGACAGUCAAAAGUCCCGCAUCACUGCCGUUUUAUGAGAUUUCUAGUGUCCGCUUAGUUCUGGUGUAGUUUUAGAGGAUCUUCUCUCACUAUGUCCAGACGUAAACUCGGCAGCAGACCGCAACACCUGAGCUCAAUGCAAGAUGCUCCGGAUUCCACAGUUAUCCCCGCCGACUCCUCGCCAUCACCUGAGCAGGUGCCUCAGCCUGAUGAUAGAGGCCGUGACCUGUUGACAUGUGGCCAGUGUGGUCAAGCCUUUCCAUUGGCCCACAUCCUCACCUUCAUCCAGCACAAACAGGGCGGGUGCGGCACAGCUAGAGCCAGGCCUCAGGUCCACACUCCUCCCUCUCCGGCCAAUCGGACGCUGCGAUUCGGCCGAGGAACGCAGGUGGAGGCGGGUUACGUGGAGCUCCAGCGUAUGACGGACAAGAGAUGGAAGGAAGAGCCAGGUGUGAGGGUGGAGGCCAACCGAGCUGAAGAGCCCUCCAUUUUCACCUGCCAGGUGUGUCAAUGUGUGUUCUCCAGUGCAUGGACUCUCCUCCAGCAUGCUCAGAAUGCACAUUCUCUCAACAUUUACCAGGUGGAGGAUGACACCAUCACACAGACGUCAAAACCGGCAGCCACAAUGGAUCCACGUCACCUGGGUGCUACACUGGCCUCUGCGUUCCAGCCGUCAUCUCGACGAUCUACCCCCCUUCACAAGCCUCCCCACGGCUCCAGCCAUACACCACGUGACCUGCAGGGCCUGAACUUCUCCAUGUGUUUGCAGCACCUGGCGGAGGUUAGCUGCAACAAUGGCGGAGUAGUACCUUCCCCGUCCCCGUCUCCACCGGCCGCUUCACCUUUUCCCCACUGUACUCCGCCACUUCACUCAGCCUUCUCCUGCGAGCUUUGCGGCCAGGGUUUUCAGUCUCUGCGCAGCCUGUCCGCCCACCGCCGCACACACGCCUGCGAUAGGCCCUACCACUGUGGCGUGUGCCAGCUCACGUUCUCCCAAAGUGGCGAACUGGCACGACACAUGAGGAGUCACCGCCGCCCUGCUGCUGGACAGGAAACUGAUCCCAACUCUGCCAGUGCAGAUGAGGACAGAAAACUUUCUGGACAAGGAGAUAAUGAUAUUUCCAGUGGUCAUGGAACAAGUACGGAGGCUGGGAAGCCUUCAGGAGGUACUAUCCUGAUCCUGACAUCUUCGCAGUCUAGGGCUGUGGAUCGCAAUCUGCUGCGCUACUAUCAGCCUCCGAGAGAAGCAGAUGAGGAGGGUCAAGGUGAACCACAGCAGCCAUCUCCCUAUGGAAGCCCCUCAGAGGGCUCUCUGGAGAGCGGAGAUACAGGUGGAAGCGGCGAGAGUGGGAUAGCCAGCGGCAACUGCACACCAAAGCGUCCAGAACGGGAGGAUCGUCCUCAAGGCGAAUGGGACGGAGAGGUGGAGGCUGUGGAGAUGGUCCAGGACUGGCAGAGGGUGAAUGAAAGGAGGCAGGUCACCAGCGGAGGGGGCAAGAAGAAAAAAGAAGAGGCUUGCGAGUUCUGUGGAAAGUGUUUCCGCAACAGCAGCAACCUGACGGUCCACCGACGCAGCCACACGGGCGAAAGACCGUACCGCUGCGGCCUCUGUAGCUACGCCUGCGCGCAAAGCAGCAAACUCACGCGCCACAUGAAAACACAUGGCGCCCGUGGGACACGUGCCCCUUUUCAGUGCCACCUAUGCUCUGUCCCGUUCACCGUCUAUGCCACACUGGAGAAACACCUCAAGAAGGUCCAUGGACUCACUCACGCCAAUGGCGGCGCCUACAGUCAGGGCCCGCUUGCUGAUUACAACGGCUUCAGCAUCACAAUGAAGGACGACUCUGUUCGUGAACAAUCAGGAGCUCCCAUCACAAUGCUUACAGAAUCAAAUGUGGACCUAUCAGAGCAGCACAAAGAGAAAGACACUGAGAUGAGGGUCACUGAUGAUGAGCCACCUACCUCUGAGGAAACAGACAGCACUGUGGUGUUGGGUCAAACCACAGUAUAAACAUAGUAUAUGACUUCUACACAUGACACUCUGAUCAUGACCAAAACCACCAAGCUUGAUGAUCUUCUGCCCGCAACCCAGUAUGCGCAUCUUAUCAUAAAACCAAGAGGACCUUUCUCAAUUUCACCACAGUGCUUAGAAAGGCUGUAGGGUGCAACGCUGAUACUGUUCGAGAUUUGAUAGAUUUUCAUAUCAGUACAAGUGCCUACUGUUAAAUCCUUACAUGCAAUAUUGGAAGACUUCUGAACUCUUUAACCCAACCGUCAAUGUCAAGGCACUUCAAACCCAGAAUUGCGACUGGUAGAGCACUGUCAGAGUAUAUGGAGAUGGUCGCAAGUCACCUUUUUUUGAGCCCAAAAGACAAUCGCACAGGAAGACUGAGCAACCUGCAGGUGAUCUGCCAAUGUGAUUAUGAAGUGGACACCUUCGGAUUACACUGUUGUGGCACUCUUCUGCAGAGCCUUAAAGGUUCAUGGCUUAUAAAAAUCUAAAUUGGGAAUGGUCUACAUCAGGGGUGUACAGUCCUGCUGCUGGAGGGCCAGCGUCCUGCAGAGUUCAGCUCCAAUCAAUCAAUCAAUCAAACACACACACCUGAAACAGCUAAUCAAAGUCUUCAGGACCUUUACCAAAAACUUUCAGGCAGUUUUGUUUGAGUAGGUCGAGCUAAACUACAAGAAAUUGACCCUCCAGGAGCAGGAUUGUACACCCCUGGUUAGGUUAAUAGUAUGACCUGCACAAAUGACAGUAAUCAGAUUUGAGCUUGUGUUUUCCAAACUAUCUGACAGGGUUGUUUCCUUUUUUGAUACUGUAUAUUAAACAGGACUGAUUGGGUCUGUGGCAAUACAUGUUCACUGUCACUUAUUACUGUUAAAGAGAAUAUGUUUGCCAUUUAGAAUGUCAAUGUGUAAAUAUAUAUUUUAGUUUGUGCUGACAUUUUGUAACAUUCCAGGAAAAUGUAUCACAUAUUUGUUUAUAUAGCCACUCUACUGCACAACAGAUUAAUUUUCCUUGUAUUUUGUGAGCCUGUUUAGUGUGAGACUAUAUUGUUUUACUGCCGAGCAUAUAGAAAUGCUAUGAAAAGUUUUUUGGUUUGUUUUUUUUGGACAGUGGUUUCUUCAAGUUGUGUUUUGUGGUUGUGUGAAUGAAAAGCCUCAUUUCUGAUGAAAGACUUGGUAGGAAACGACAGUGCUGACCCUGUUGAAUGGUGGACCCUUUGAGAGAGCACUUCUGUAUGUGUGAGAAAGACAUAAGAGACCAGAUAUAUGAUAAAUCUAUACAGGGAAUGUUUGCUUUGUUACAGUUUAUUAUGAUUAUCAAUGUCAGGGAACUGUUAUGUUACAGUUUAUGUUUGUGUGGUAA